AUGGCCAAAACUCUGGUAUUGUUUUUUCUCUUUCUCCAAAUAACCUCUUUCAUAGCAUUUACUGAAGAGCUAGAAACUUUUCAUAACAAACCAGCAACUCCACUUCAUCCCCCAACUAAGUCACCGGUUCAUAAACCACACCACAACCACUCACCAUCCCAUGCACCUUCUCAUGUUCACACUCCUUUACAUCCUCCUCACCCUGCUAAACCCCCGACCCAUCACCACCACCAGCAUCAACAUCAUUCACCAUCCCCUACUCCUUCCCAUGUUCACACUCCUAUACAUCCUCGUCACCCUGCAAAACCCCCAACCCAUCAUCAUCAUCAUCAUCACUCUCCCGCACAUGCCCCUAUUAAGCCUCCGGUUCACACUCCUUUACAUCAUCCUCAUCCUGCCAAACCUCCAACCCAUCACCACCACCAACAUCACUCACCAUCCCCCGCCCCUUCACAUUUUCACACUCCUUUACAUCCUCGUCACCCUGCAAAACCCCCCACCCAUUAUCAUCAUCACUCUCCUGCUCAUGCCCCUAUUAAACCUCCAGUUCACACACCUUUACUUCCCCCUCAAUCUGCAAAGCCCCCAACUCACCACCAUCACCACCCUCCGGCUCAUGCCCCUACUCACACACCUCUUCUUUCAAGAAGCUUGAUAGUUGUUGAAGGAGUUGUUUAUGUCAAAUCUUGCAACCAUAAUGGUGUUGACACCCUAAAGGGAGCUACACCACUUCUUGGUGCCAUUGUGAAGCUCCAAUGCAACAACGCCAAACAUAAGUUGGUCCUUAAAGCCAAGACUGAUAAGAAAGGUUACUUCUAUAUUGGUGGCCCAAAGAACAUUGUAGGUUAUUCAACUCGCCAUUGCAACGUUGUUUUAGAUAAUUCACCAAAAGCACUAAAACCUUCAAAUCUUCAUGGCGGUCUUACUGGGGCUCUUCUUAAGCCAGUGAAACGAUCAGUGUCUAAGGGGAUUUCUUUAAAACUCUUCACUGUUGGACCAUUUGCAUUUGAGCCCAAAUGUCAUCAUUAA